UGCGCGUGCAACGAGGUCCGUCCAUGCUUUAUCCUUCUCCCCCAAAUUCUCCCUCAAGAUAAAACUCUCCCCGACCACCCCCCACUAACGAAGCUUACAAUGUAGACCUCCAAGAACUCACCCUCGGCAGCACCAUGAAAAUGACCUUCCCGAACCCCGACGACAUCCUCAACUUCACUCUGACUAUCGAGCCCGACGAGGGCAUGUACAAGGGCGGCGCAUUCCAUUUUUCGUUCGUCGUCAAUCAGAACUUCCCUCAUGAUCCGCCAAAGGUCAAGUGUACGCAGAAGAUCUAUCAUCCGAAUAUUGAUCUCGAGGGGAAUGUCUGCUUGAAUAUUUUGAGGGAGGAUUGGAAGCCCGUGUUGAAUUUGAAUGCUGUGAUUGUGGGGAUGCAGUUCCUCUUCCUCGAACCGAACGCUUCCGAUCCCCUGAACAAGGAGGCCGCCGACGAUCUCAGAUUGAAUCGCGAUGCGUUCAAGCGCAAUGUGCGGACGUCUAUGGGUGGGGGGAGCGUCAGGGGGGUGCCUUAUGAGCGGGUGAUGCGGUAGAUUGGGAUUGGGAUUGGCUGUGGGCUGUGGGCUGUGUAUUGGGGGUUCGGGGGGAGACGGACAGACAGUUUUGGUUGAGAGGGAGGGGGUUGUAUAAGAUGGACGAUACGAUGAUGGUGACAUGGCGAUGCUCGUGAUGGCGAUGAAUCACGGGCAGGGGGGGGAGUGGGUGCAGUCGGGGAGCAUUACCUACAUUCCAUUUGAAUUAAUUAGCGACUGGAUAGAUUCCCUGAUUAUGAAAGAAAUGACAGA